AUGAUUUUGCAUUUCCGGGUAGGGAGCGUGUGCGAGUCACGGGCGCGCCCUACCCAUGUUGCCAUUCACAGCCGCAGCUGUCAAUCACUGGGUCCCGGCCGGGCACACUGCUUUGGAUGGUUUUGCACAGCACAGCCAUCCAAAGCAGUGUGAUUCCAGUGAAGCACUCCCAGCACACAGUUAACCCUUUGAUCGUGCCUCAGGUUAACCCCUGCCUGCCCAGUGCCAUUAGUACAGUGUCAGUACUUUUUUUUUAGCACUGAUCACUGUAUUGGUGUCACUGUGGAUGUCAGUGACACCAAGUCAGUUCCCUCCAGUGUCAGAAUGUCUGCCGCAGUCUCGCUAUAA